GUCGACGGUGGCGGCGCUGUUACUCAACAAACAUCUGCACAUCAACGGGAUGACGCGCGGGAGCGUGAAGAUCACAGACGACGCCCCCAGCGGCGGGCCCUUGACAGGUGUGGCUGGCCACGUCAAGCCUCCCCCGCCGCCAUCACCGCCAGGGGCACCGCCCCCCACGCCAGGGGCACCACCAGGGGCGGCCCCUGGUAUCCACAGCAACGGGGUAUCGGCGUUCGAGCCGCCCCCGCGGUCUGUGGCCGAGGCGUGUCUGGAUCAGUCGGUUGGUACUCGUGUGGACUUGGCCCACAGUGAUGACUCCACGCCCACGCCCUCGCCUGGCAGCACGCCCGUGGCGAGGCGUGGGCGGCUGGAGGGCAAGAGGCGGUUCAUGGGCGUGGGCGUGAGGAAGAGCUCGACGGGCGUGGGUCCAGACGCCAUCAUGAGUGUUACUACAGCAGGGGAGGCGAAGAAGAAGCAGGCGUCGCUACACAAGAUGAAGAGGGAGAGGAAGGCGGCCAAGACCCUGGGGAUCAUAGUAUCAGUGUUCCUACUGUGUUGGCUACCCUUCUUCACCUGGUACCUGGUCUCGGCGCUCUGCGGUCAGGCCUGCGCUGUCCCCAACGCCAUCGUCACCAUCCUCUUCUGGAUAGGGUACUUCAACUCUACGCUCAAUCCCAUCAUCUACGCCUACUUCAAUCGCGACUUUAGGAAGGCCUUCCGUAAGACCCUGGCUCACUAUGGCUUCAGCUGCGUCACCCUGCGGAGGACUUCGCGUCUGUGUUGCGGACGCGGGAGGAGACUUUUACAGUGUUGUGCGGGGUUCACUGGGUCGCACGACACGCCGUCUUCUGAAGUCCCGCCUCGCUCGGCUUUCAGCUCUGAAUACUGCCACAUUGAGAUGACCACAGUCGACAAGGUGGCUAAAAUUGGAGCGGUUGACUAUUAAGGGUGUGUACAUUUGUAUGCUUUGGUUCGGCUCCUGUGUGUGUGUGUGUGUGUGUGUGUGUGUGUGUGUGUGUGUGUGUGUGUGUGUGUGUGUGUGU